AUGGAUGCGUCGACGCCUUUGCCGCCUGUGGUUCCCUCCCCCGUCUGCAACUCAACCUCUCGGACAAUCCAGAUUGAGUUUCCUCAGCAUAGUUCUUCACUGCUGGAAGUCCUGAAUCGGCAUAGGCUAGAGGGGAAGUUUUGUGAUGUCUCUCUCUUGGUGCAAGGUCGAGAACUUAGGGCCCACAAAGCAGUGCUGGCUGCAGCUUCUCCCUACUUUCAUGACAAGCUGCUUCUAGGGGAUGCACCUCGUCUCACCCUGCCCAGUGUCAUUGAAGCUGAUGCCUUCGAGGGGCUCCUCCAGCUCAUUUACUCAGGACACCUCAGCCUGCCACUAGAUGCGCUGCCUGCCCACCUCCUUGUGGCCAGUGGCCUCCAGAUGUGGCAAGUAGUAGAUCAGUGUUCAGAAAUUCUUAAAGAACUAGAAGCCGCAGGUGGUGGAAUUUCAGCCCGUGGAACACCCCCCUACCACACACUUCUUUCCACUACUUCUUCACCAGGAGGCUGGUGCAUUCGUUCUCCCACCUUCCAGACCCGGGUGCAGCCAUCACCUCCUACAGAGAGCCCUGCUGUUGAGAAGGGUAGUGACCUGGGAGAGGUAUUACAGAUUCAGGUAGAGGAAGAAGAAAAAAAGGAUCAUGAGUCAGAAAUACUUGCUCACACCCAGAGUGUGUCAGAAGAUUUUCCCCACCCUCAUGGAGACCACCCAUCAGCAAAAUCUGCUAUUCCCUACAAGCUUCCAGAGAGUGAGCGUGCUCCACAGGAGCCUCUUACCACUCCUACAGCACUGCCUCUCAAAAUCUUGUACAUAAAGCAGGAACCCUUUGAACGUAAGGAAGAAAUGUCAGGGGGUGGAAGUCAGUCUGGAGGAACAAAAGAUGAGACCAAAGUGCUUCCUGGUGGAGAUGCUCAAAGGGAUGGGGAGCUAAGGUUCUUGCUACCCUCAGGAGCAGGAACACCAGCUGGAGAAGGAGGCCCAUCCUGGAAGCCAGUGGAUCUUCAUGGAAAUGAGAUCCUGUCAGGAGGUGGAGGACCUGGGGGAGCAGGACAAGCUGUGCAUGGUCCUGUGAAACUAGGAGAGGCACCCCCUGCAGAUGGAAAACGCUUUGGUUGUUUGUGUGGGAAGCGGUUUGCAGUGAAGCCAAAGCGUGACCGGCACAUCAUGCUGACUUUCAGCCUUCGGCCUUUUGGCUGUGGUGUCUGCAACAAGCGCUUCAAGCUGAAGCAUCAUCUGACAGAGCAUAUGAAGACCCAUGCAGGAGCCCUGCAUGCUUGUCCCCACUGUGGCCGUCGAUUCAGAGUUCAUGCCUGUUUCCUUCGCCACCGGGACCUCUGUAAGGGCCAGGGCUGGGCCACUGCUCACUGGACUUAUAAGUGA